UUAGCUCAUAAUUGGACUAACCUCUGAAGGUUACACGUAAUUCCUUCACCAGGAAGUGCGCUUUCCCAUGUUCGACCUUUUGCUUGUCCAAGCCUUUUAACGCUAUUUAAUCCUAGAUUUAGCGUGUCCAAGCUUCUUUCUCGCUUCCGGCGGCGCCACAUGGACCGAGACUUGCUAGCAGCCGCCGCAGCGGCGGGUGCCGAUGUUUGCGACGUUGAAAUGCGUCCAGCGCCUAAAAAGCUUUGCGGUGACGCAAUGCCAGGGGCUGACGGCUACGUGCCGUACGACGACCCCGGCGUCUUUGAGCUACCUUCGGUAGAUGACCUGGAGGUCGCAGCUGCCGCGGCAGCAGCUGCUCUCGAAGUCCUAGCUCCGAAACCGGCAACCGACAGCGACAGCAGCAGCGAUGAUGACGACGAUGAUGACAGCAGUAGCGACGAGGACAGCGAUGAUGAUAGUGACGACAGCAGUGACGAUAGCGAUGACAGUGAUGAUGAUAGCAGCACGAGCACCAGCAGCAGUGACGAUACGGAGGAGGAGGCGAAAGAGCGCGAAGACAGCAACAAACAGAAGCAGAAGCGCGCUGCAGCUGCCGCUACCGCCUCAGUAGGGCCCAUCUGCGUUCGAUUGUUGGUUGACGAGACGGCAGGGAGGGUAACGUUGCGACUUGUGGCUUCAGGCAAGGGUACAGCAGGGGCAGCAGGAGCAGAUGCUGACGUGGCUAUGCGGGAGGUUGAGACGGACAGCAGUCCUCUGAGCAGCAGCAGCGAUGACGAGGGGGAUGACGAUGCUGCUGCUGCAGCGGCGGCGGCCUCGAACCGCAUGGUGGAUGAGGAGGAGCUGGAGGCUCUCGACCACGAUGGGCUGCGGGCGCUCAUCACGCGCGCCUAUGCGCAGGCGGAUGCGGAGGACGAGGACGAGGAGGGGGGUGCGAGCGGGGGCGGGGGCCGCAGCAGCGCGCUCCAGGACCUGGGUCUGCCCCCCGCUGCCCCUGAGCUGGCGGGAGUGGAGGUGGCGGCGGGGGACGUGUUGGAACCGGCGGGCACCUGCCUGAGUGUGCUGGAGGGCAUGGUGGUGAUGCAGGGACUGGCCAACAGCAGGCCGCUGGCGGAUGGGAGUGUGGUGGUGUCUGAGGACCGCACGGUGCUGGGUGAGGUGGAGGAGGUGUUUGGGCCCAUCACGCAGCCGCUCUACGCCUUCCGCCACGCCGCGGUGAAGGGCGCGCUGCCGGAGUGCGUGAAGCCAGGGGCGGCGCUGUUUGUGGUGCCCCGACUGGCGCGCCACAUUGCACCCGAGGAGAUUUACGGACCCGGCGGCCGCUGCCCCGAGCCCGAGCCCGCCUCCGAUGACGAGGUGUACUUCAGUGACGACGAGGCUGAGCAGCACUACAUGCGACAGCAAAUCGCCAAGCGCAAGGGCGGCCCGGAGGCGGGCCCUGAGGGCGGUGCUGGUGGUGGUACUGCUGGGGGCGCGGGGGCAGCGGCAGGCGGCCGGCCUCGGCAACGCUCCCGGGGAGCGGGCAGCGCCGCCGCCUCUGGUAGCGGACGAGGCGGCCCCAGCACCCAGUUCCGAGUGGCUGCCACCGCAGGCGCCAUGAGCGCCCUGCUGGGGCUCGGGGGCGGGGAG